GGGGCUGGGUGAGGAGGGGCUGGUCACCCCGGGGUGCCCUUGUAAAACUCAACGUUUAACCUACUCACGCCGUCUUGUGCCCGCCCUCACAAUCGGGCAUAUUUGCGGAAUACACCACGCCGUCGUUGACCCUGGCCAUUGACCGAGCAACCCAACGUUCCUACCAGCUCCCUCCACAGGAAUGUGUUCUUGCCGCUGUAAAUCUCCACGCGAUGAGCAGCCACUUUCUUGAGCUCUCGUUUGUGGCCAGGUCGCUUCUGAAAAUUAAAUAUCUUUCUAUCUCAUUGGGUCUUAGCCGGUACAAAUAUAUGUUUUCAUCACUCAGCCCACAUCUCACUCUUUUUGCCUUUUGGUGAGGUUCUGACAAAUAAGCUAAUACCUCGGUGAACUUUUAUCUGGUAAUAUAAAAUAAUAGUAUUUGUUUAUUUUUAAGUGAUUUGUUUACCUUUUUUGUACUUUUUACUACUAUCGUGUUUUUGUAUUGUUAACGCGUUCUUAUCCGCCCCUAUUGGACAUCUAUGAGAAAUAGCUUUAUAACUCAUCGAAUUCCUCCAGUAUAAAUAAAUACUCUGAUUCUGAAAUAAUUGUAUCUUUGUACAGUAUGUAUGUUGAACUUCUUUCACACCCUAACGUAGCCAACCGUACCAAUCGGAGGUGCGGGCCGAUAAGUAGGCAUGGCAGCAUUGGGCGGGGGGUCACUGUGAAAGAGAGACAGGAGAUGAGAGGGGUUGGCAUAGACACACACACACACGGGACAAAGGGAAACAGGCACGGAAGAGAUGCCCACUUGGUGUUGAACUUGUGUGUGCUGUGUGUGUGUGCUGUGUGUGUGCUGUGUGUGUGCUGUGUGUGUGCUGUGUGUGUGUGUGCUGUGUGUGUGUGCUGUGUGUGUGUGCUGUGUGUGUGUGCUGUGUAUGUGUGUGUGUGCUGUGUGUGUGUGCUGUGUGUGUGUGCUGUGUGUGUGUGUGCCUCACAGGUGGCAGUCAGAGCAUGUUUCCUGGGCUUCGCGUUUGGCUGCGGUUUGAUUCUCAGUUUGAGCAACACAUCUUGGAAGCAUUUUGGCUGGUACGUGUGUUCGCUGAGCUUCUUCCACUACUCGGAGUACCUGGUGACGGCGCUCAUCAACCCGCGGAGCCUCAACCUCGACUCGUUCCUGCUCAACCAUAGCCUGGAGUACAAGCUGGCCGCCGUCGCCUCUUGGGUGGAGUUCACCCUGGAGAUGCUCCUUUUCCCCGGCCUGAAAGACGUGCGGUGGCUGAGCGUGGCGGGGCUGGCCAUGGUCGUGGGAGGCGAGGCGCUGCGCAAGGCCGCCAUGUUGACGGCCGGCUCCAACUUCAGCCACAUCGUGCAGAGCGAGCGCUCCGAGAGCCACCAGCUGGUCACGCGCGGCGUCUACGCCUUCUCGCGGCACCCCUCCUACGUGGGCUGGUUCUACUGGAGCAUCGGCACGCAGAUCAUCCUGUGCAACCCGCUGUGCUUGGUCGGCUACACCGUCGCUUCGUGGCGGUUCUUCCGGGAGCGGAUCGAGGACGAGGAGCUCACGCUGCUCAACUUCUUCGGGGAGCAGUACAUGGAUUACAAGACGAACGUGCCCACUCGGCUUCCGUUCAUCGACGGCUUUCGAGUAGAACUCUAGCUCUCGUUUUUGUUUCCUCUCGCCUCGCCCCCCUCCCUUCCCCCCAACCUGUUGAAUCGCACAAUUUUGCUCCGGCCUUUUUCUGACCGUACUCCUCUCCCUCCUCCUGCUCAUCCUCGUCCUCCCACUUGCACAAAGGAACAAACGUGCGUCUGCGAAGCAGGAAAUUGCGAGCAAAGGACAACCAUCUAAGCGACCGACGAUUGGCAAAGGAAAAAAAGACAAAGACGGAAUUAGCACGCGGCGUGCGAGCGCACAUUUGAGGUUAUGGUUUUAAAAAGAGGACUGGUGAAAAUGGGCCUGUGGCGCUGGCUACGUGUGGUGGCUCGCAACAGGUAUUCUUGGAGCUUGCUUUUAUCGCUUCUAGGGUGUCCAUAGCGUUUAAUUAUUUAUUAUUCCUCAUCAUCGUCGUCGUCUCUCCGUUCCCCCAACUCAUCGGUGAUGGUGGAGGCGAACCAAUUUCCGGGGUGAUUCUCUCUAGAUUCAGUAUCGCUGCAUACGUCCAAUCUCGAUUCUUUUUCUUCUCGAUUUGUUUUUACCCCUGCAUCUGUCCACCCUUGAUUUUUUUACCGUCUUCACUUCCCCCACUCCUCCUUGUUCCAAUCUUUGUGUCGCAUCACCGAGUGAUGGGGGACCCUGUCCCCGGGCUCGCCCGCGUAACUUUAACAGAGCCACAGUUCUCUCCUCGCCUCGACUCUCGUCCGACGAGGUCAUUUUUCACUCCACUGUUUUCUCACAUCGCGAGUUUUCUCGGCCUCUCUCGUUUAGACAGCUGCGAACGAGGUUGAUUGUUUGGGGGUUAUGCGAGAGAUGCGUUUGGCAAAACAAAACAAAAACACCCAAAUAUCUUGAGCGAUCUCUCAAUGGCACUAAACAGAAGCGUUCAAAACAAUCACAGCCGAGAUGCUGAACACCUGGGAGGAUGCUCCAACACCGCGGCGGACACGCGGAGGCUCAGAGGGAUGAGACUCGCAUGGUAGAAUCUUCACAAGACCAAGUGUGUGUGUCCAUUUAUGGUUUCGUCAAAACGAGCUCACACUGCUCUCGUAUGUUUACAGUUUUGAUUUAAAGCUUUUGUGACUGCAGGGAUUGAUAUUCUUGGUUCUUUCGGUAAAGUCACGUAGAAGGGAAAUAAUAAAAUAAUUAUAAUAUGAAACCAAAAUUUUUUUCUUCCCUUCUACGUGACUUUACCGAAAGAACCAAGAAUAUGUUUACAGUUAUAUAUUAGUCCACUGCUACAGUUCUUUGUUAGUCCACUGCUGGAUAAAGUCGUCUGUACGCCGUGUCGGUCUUAGGGGAUUGUUUCAGCGUAUUUCACCACACUGGUCCAUGUGGUUUGGUGAAGUGAGAGUGUGACCCAGGACCGGUUGAUAUAUCACGCGCUGCUGGCGUUAGCCGUGGCCAGGAAUGUGAUGGACCGCAGUGGAGGGUCGGAAUAGUAUUCGAUGACGAUGUUACCCACAACGCCAUUAUGCUUUAAUCAUGGAUGAUACUUUUACAGACGCCAUGUAUAGCAUAUGCUGUGUAACUUUACAGUUACAACAUCUGAAGUGCACAGGGCACUUUGUAACGAAUCAUCGUUGAGUGCAGCCGCUCUUGAGCAUUCUUCGCGAAGCGCAGCACAAUAGGCGACGUAUUUAGCCAAGCUCCUGAAGAAGCACGUGGAGCGAAACGUCGGACGUCGUGCCGAACAAUUAGCACGGUUGGCUAUGUACGGUGCGAAAGAAGUUCAACGUACAUGCAGCAACACGUGGGUCGACCCGAGAACGCAUCGGAGAGCUGUACGGCAGCUAAACCAGAAUCGGAACAUUUAUCCUGGAGAAAUCCGAUGAGCUAUGAAGCUUUUUUUUUUCACAGGAUGUCCAAACCGCGAAAACCUUCCCAGCGGCUGACUUGACAAUUUUGCAUCGCCCAGAAAUCUCUGUUACCGCUCUUGGUGAAGUUUAAUACGGAAGUUUUUGUUGUUGUUGCGCUGACGGCCCAUUGCGGAGGGGAGAGCACUUGCCAAUAACAUCCGGUACAGCAGGAUUUGUUCAGCAAGCCCGACUCUGCUGAUGAGCCCUAGAAGGGCGAAACCGGUCCCAGAGUUCGCGCGCGUGAACAAAUUGUUGCUACCGCUUGACUUGAGUCUGUAAAUGUUUGAAAUACAGAACAGGAAGUGAUGUUUCAUUUCGACGCAGCACUCCUUGUUUUAGUGUAAGCGCCGCGCAAUUGCUGCAUCUGGGAUCGGCUUCAUAAUUUAAAAUUAUUUUCUAAUGCAUCGUUUGACUGUUAUAUACAAAUAAUGGAGCAAAAUGUGUCUCUUUAAAAUCCAUAAAGGUGUAUAUGUUAUACGGGUUAAUGAGCAACGGUGUUUUUCAACUUCAGUCUGCGUGUGCCCGCCCCUUGCCUGCCCACAGUCCGCCUCUUUGUGAUAACCAGUUUUUUCAAUUUGUAUGCAAAUUAAGGCACUGCACGCACCUGAUGAUUGGAAAUCGGUGGGGGGAGGAGCUGUCGCGUGGUGGUUCGUGAGAACUGGAGUUGAGAAGCACUGCUCUGGGAGUGUUUAAUUGGCAUUCCACUCGCCUGCGACCAAAUCGUCAGAAAUGUGCUCGUUCUCAGAAGCUAUCUGGGAUUUUCGCCUGGUUAAUAAUUAUAACAACAGUUUUGUCAACUUGGAAUGCACCUCCGCACAGUAGUAUUCGCUCUCGAAGUGCGCAAGGAUGAAUGACUCUUGAGGCGCACGAGGAAUUCCAGAUGAGCGGGGAAAAGUAGCCGGAACUGAUCAUGUGCUAAUCCCCCCCCCGCCCUCUCUCAAUGGUCUGCAGUCCUCUACAUAUGAAGGUGUUAUCGGUCCAAUUCACGAGUGUUUGCAUGUGGGAGGAAACUGGAGCACUCGGAGUAAACCCACACACGCGAGGGGACAACACUCUAUCCCCACGCAGAUGGAACAGGUGGAGCGCGCGUUUGCAAGCCAAAAUACGAGACCACCUCGACGCCCACGGAAAAGGGGGGGGGGGGGAGUUUCACAACUUUUUUGUAAGCCACCUACCCUCACCCCCGUCGUGCCGGAUUACAUGCGUUUUAAUCGAAUUCUGUCGAGGGUCUUCACUCGAGGCGCUUGGCCAAGCUUGCUGAAGGGUGAAAGGCUGGCAAUUGGGACGGGUGGGUCACGGAGACUUUGCCAAGUGUCGGUGGAACAACCCCCUGAGCUGCGUAGCGGGAGGGGGAAGAAGUUGGUGAAAGUUUCGAGCGUCGCUCGCUCGCUCGUUCGCAUGACGUGGGUUUCUUCCGGCUUCGAUUUCCUUGCACGUGAAGUUUGUGGGUUUUUUUAUCAUUUCCCCGCACCGGUGACUGCACGACCACCGUAAUAAUUCACAGGUCUCGUUCACUUAACUAAUCCGCCUAAUGCAACAACCAAAAAAUGCGCGCGGUUGGCUAUGUACGGCGCGAAAGAAGUUUAACGCACGUCAUCAUUCUACUCCCCCCCCCCCCCCCCGGACAAUGAGCUGCUGCAGGUGAUCGUUGGCCCCAGAAACACACCCCUCUCGUUUACGUAAAUGAGAGAACGGCACACACGCGAGUGAAAAUCGUAAACGAACAACAAAAACCGCUGAACAGUAUUUAAAUGUGUUGUUUGCACGGUCAUCACCGCCGCCACGGUCGUGCAUCAUUUGCAACAUCGACGGCCGCGCGAUCUUUCGAGGCGCUCGUUCUCUAUGCAACUCUUCCCUGUAGCUGAGGCAUCAUCACGGCACGGCGCAGCAUCAACGUCGGCGGGCCGGCCAAGGCCACUCACCAAGAGAGGGGGGACAGCGGGCGGCUGCUCGGGCUAAAGGGAACUUUGUGGGUCUCGCCUCUGCGGCUGAGGUCACCAAAGCGGACACGACGCUGUCUCCAUCCUGUUAAACGUGGCGCAACGGGCGAUUUCUGGAGCAGCAGCGUUUCCCCAACCACCAAGUCAUUGUGACCCCCGGCAGACCGAUUGUUGAUUACCAAACGGUGGCAGAUCGAAGAGGGCCGUGUAUCCCCCACCACCUCCCCUUUGACACGCCGGUUGGCUUGGUACGGUGCGAAAUCAGUUCAAAGUACGUCCAUCAUACGUUCAUGUGCUUUUUUGUUUACAAAUGUUGGGCCCUGUUUCAAAUAAAAACUUUGAAUUGUGGGACUGCUUCCCCCCCCCCCUCCGCGCCUUGGGAAGUUUCUCGGCCCACCUCUGUCACCAAUCUUUCUGUGCAAAUGAAGGCACAGCAGUUUCCACAUCUGGUGGUUGGUAAUUGUCGCCCAUGGGGUGUAGUCGGGGAGGGUGGGUGUCAGGAGUGAUCAUUAUUUUAUCAACACGUCGCCCAGAAUUCACCAAAAACUAGUCAGAUUUUGCAAGCUCAGCCGUGUCGAGCCUGGUUAUAGCUUUGAUGGGUGCUCACUACCAGGGCUAGCGAGGUGUGGCCAGCAGAUUUCCUUGCUGAGUGUUUCCCCCCUCCCCCCGUGUCAAUCCAUGGUGGGUUUUCUCCGGGUUCUCCGGCUUAGUUGCACAUGAAGCCGACGGCCCAUUCAUAGCGGUGGUCAAACAUCCCAAUGUGAUCAUCGGAUAGAAGCUUUUACUGGUGGAAUGGGUGAAAUUAUUUAUACAGUAAGUGGCAAUUUCGGCAGCCUACACACAAGUUAACCGUGGUGGCUGGAACGGUUCUGCAUCGUUUGGGCUUAAAUUAGUUUUAAGCGUUCGGUUCGCUCGCACCGUUUGACGGCCGUGUGACCAAAUGCAGCUCCCCUGUUGUCUGCUGAAAGCACAACGCCGGUGUGGUGUUCGCGUAUUUUCAAAUGGGGGACUCAACUAGUCCCUGUUGGCGGAGGCGUCGAUUGGAGUUGACAGCCUGAUGACGAACAAGGGCGACGAGUAUGAUUCAUUGGCAUGAUGGAAAAUGCCCAAUCGGAACAAGUGGAAUAUGGUUAAAUUCAUGUCACCGUAGCGAAAGAGCUGUACUUGUGAGCGAUUUUAGACGUAUUGAUAGUAGCGUUAAUAAUGAAGCAGUGAAUGUGAUUAAGCCGUGAUAAAUAAUGCCGGCUAUUAUUAACGCAAAUGCAUGAUUUGCUGCCGAGCAUUUGAAAGAGGCAGCCAAGCAGGGAAGCUCUUGUUCUCAUGUUCAAAUGACACGGGUGUAGUUGGUGAACUUGCCAUGCAAUGUCACCAAGUGCACCAUUGUCCUGUUUCUCACUCAGCUGGCAGUCGCCCUCCAGCAACAACAACAACCUAUUCUUAGGUUUUUUUCGGUAAAGUCACGUAAGUAAAAAAUGAAAAUUAAUAAAAGUAAAAUAAAAUAAAAAUCACGACGUUUCGGAGGCAACACAAGUUUCCGUCUUCAUGUGGAACCAUCAGUACGACUGCUGCAUUAAUUUUUUUACCUACGUGACUUUACCGAAAAACCUAAGCAUAUGAAUCCUUGCAGUCACGAAAGCUUCAAAUCUAGAAACAAAAACCUAAACAAAACAGGAGGGCGGACGAGCGACGAUCGCAAUGAGCAGAGCACCUCACAACAACGAGCAGCAGAGCACCGGGCGAUAAAACACAGCAAGUGGGCACAGUGGCUAACAGCAGCGGUGCGUCUGGCAGUCAUCUCGGUAGUCAAAUAGU